GACCGGAAGUAGCUGUUGGGCAGCUGUCGGACGCUUUAAAUUCCUGCGGGGUGGAGCGCUUCGCUUGGGAGCCCGGGUCUGGUUUCUCACUCCCAUGGCUGUGGACGUGAAGUCUCGAGCGAAGCGCUAUGAGAAGCUGGACUUCCUCGGAGAGGGCCAGUUUGCGACGGUCUAUAAGGCCAGGGACAAGAACACCAACCAAAUCGUCGCCAUUAAGAAAAUCAAACUUGGACACAGGUCAGAAGCUAAAGAUGGUAUAAAUAGAACAGCCUUAAGGGAGAUAAAGCUCUUACAGGAACUAAGUCAUCCAAAUAUAAUUGGUCUACUUGAUGCAUUUGGACAUAAGUCUAACAUUAGCCUUGUCUUUGAUUUUAUGGAAACUGACCUAGAGGUUAUAAUAAAGGAUAACAGUCUUGUGUUGACACCGUCCCACAUUAAAGCCUACAUGUUGAUGACUCUUCAGGGCUUAGAAUAUUUGCAUCAGCAUUGGAUUCUACACAGGGAUCUGAAACCAAACAACUUGUUGUUAGAUGAGAAUGGAGUUCUGAAACUGGCAGAUUUUGGCCUGGCCAAAUCAUUUGGGAGCCCCAAUAGGGCUUACACACAUCAAGUUGUGACCAGAUGGUACCGGGCUCCUGAGUUAUUGUUUGGAGCUAGGAUGUAUGGUGUGGGAGUGGACAUGUGGGCUGUUGGUUGUAUAUUAGCAGAAUUGCUUCUAAGGGUUCCUUUUUUGCCUGGAGAUUCAGAUCUUGAUCAGCUAACAAGAAUAUUUGAAACUUUGGGUACACCAACUGAAGAACAGUGGCCUGACAUGUGUAGUCUUCCAGAUUAUGUGACGUUUAAGAGUUUCCCUGGGGUCCCACUGCAGCACAUCUUCAUUGCAGCUGGGGACGACUUGCUGGAUCUCAUCCAAGGCUUGUUCUUAUUUAACCCAUGUACUAGGAUUACAGCCUCACAGGCAUUGAAGACCAAGUACUUCAGUAAUCGCCCAGGGCCAACACCUGGAUGCCAGCUUCCGCGACCAAACUGUCCAGGGGAAGCAUUAAAGGAACAGUCAAAUCCAACCAUGGCAACAAAGCGGAAAAGAACAGAGGCCUUAGAACAAGGAAUAUUGCCCAAGAAGCUCAUUUUUUAGUUGCAGUGAACAAUGGACAGUUUUCACUUCUGAAAAAAAAAAAAAUCCAAAGGCAAAUAAUGGAAAAAAUAGGGAAUAUUAAAUGCUAUAAAAGAGAACUUGUAAAUAUUCUACAGAUGUAAAAUAUGUAAAACUAUGGGUUAUUUUUAUUAAAUGUAUUUUAAAAUAAA